AUGGAUGGUUACGGGUUCUCCAGCGAUAUGUUCAGCGGGCGGCCGAUUCUUGGCGAGGACAGUUCGGUGAUGGCCCGCAUGCAGAAAAAAUUCUGGAAGACCAAACAGGUUCUUAUCAAGGCUACGGGAAAGAAAGAAGACGAACACGUGGUAGCUUCAGAUGCUGACCUGGACGCUAAGUUGGAGUUCUUUCGCUCGGUACAGACCACAUGCACAGAGCUUCUGAGGGUUAUUGAGAAAUAUCAGCAGAGAAUCACACACUUGUCUCAGGAGGAGAACGAACUGGGUCUGUUCCUGCGUUUCCAGGCCGAACACGACAAAACCAAAGCCGGCAGCAUGAUGGAGGCCACCAGCAAGGCCCUCUGCACCUCAGCCAAACAAAGACUGGCGCUGUGCCCGUCGCUCCACAGGAUGGAGCAGGAGGUGGAGACGUUCCGGAGACGGGCCAUUGCCGACACGUUCCUGACGGUGAGCCGGAUGGAGAAAGCCCGGACGGAAUACCGCGGCGCUCUGCUCUGGAUGAAGGACGUGUCCCAGCAGCUCGACCCGGAUACCUACAAACAGCUGGAGAAAUUCCGAAAGGUGCAGGCCCAGGUGAGAGGCACUAAAAUGCAGUUUGACAAACUGAAGAAUGACGUGUGUCAGAAGGUGGACAUGCUGGGAGCCAGUCGCUGUAACAUGCUCUCCCACUCCCUCUGCACUUACCAGACGACACUGCUCCAGUUCUGGGAGAAGACAGCCCAGAUGAUGUCAGGCAUCCACGAAGCCUUCAGAGGUUACGUGCCGUAUCAGUUCACCACGCUGAAGGAACUGAGAGACCCGCUGGACCAAAUUACAGAGGGGGAGACUCAGGAGGAAGACCAAAGCAAAGCAAUACCCACAAACACAGCCAAUCUUGUUUCUCUAGAGGAAGAGCAGUCAGAGGAAUCCACCUCUGAAGCUGUCUCCGCCCACAGCGCCGAUGGACAGGGCAGAGAUUCUGACAGCUCACUGGUUGCCAGUCUGGACUCUGCCUUGUUUGAGUUUUCUGGCCCAACCAGUGCACCCAGCAUUGAUGAUGACCUCCUGCUCAUGACCCCUGACCCCACCCCAACCCCAGCCUUACCCACGCUCCAACCCCAGGCUCCUGCAGAGGCCGCAGCGCCCCCUAGUGUUCAGUGGGAGUUCAGCCCUCCAGGAGGGGAGCCCCAAGCGGCCCCUCCCAGCACGCAGCCACUCGACACGGGAGUUCGGGACCUGAUGUCCGACCUGCCGUCUCAGUUUCCGGGGGAGGGAGAGGAGGCGGAGAGAGGAGACCUCACGUUCCUGCAGGAGCUGUUGAGUCCUGGAGCCUCCAGCGGCGGGGACGAGUUCAGCAAGGCGUGGCAGGACGCCUUUGGCUGUUUCGAGACCCCCGCGGCCAUGGCAACCCCAGCCCCUGCUAACGCCCCCAGCACCUCCCCCUCUCAGCCCUCCAGUCCCACGGGCUUUCUGCCCUCCCAGCUCCUCGACCAGAGCCUCAGCGCCACAGGAUGGGUGACUCCACCCAUGUUUCAGGCCCCGCCUCUCCAGCCUCCAGCAACCACAGGCCAGGCCCCGCCCCCUGCGAACAGUCCAAGGGCUGCAGCCAACGCACCCAAAGGUGCCUCUCGGGACAUGUCCGCUUGGUUUAACCUCUUCGCCGACUUGGAUCCGCUGUCCAACCCGGAUGCUAUUGGCCGUUCUGAUGAAGAGAUUCUCAAUGCAUAAGACAAUUGCACUAGGAUUGUACCACAGGAUUGGGGAGUCCCA